CUGACCGACGGGAUCCGCGACAACGGAUGGGCCGUCCUGGAAUUAACUACCAACGAGAAGUAUAAUGAUAGCAUUCAGGCCUAUGCAGCCGGACUUGCUGAAGCCGCCGUGUCUGAGCAGCUGAUAUAUAUGCACUGGAUGAACACCAUGGUUAGCUAUUGUGGGCCUUUUACGUAUGAGACGGACUACUGCCAAAAGCUGAAAAAUUAUAUUGAAACCAACCUGGCUUGGAUGGAGCAACAGAUUGAGGACGCAGGAAUGGACUCCGUGUACUGGUAUCAGGUACGCCUUGCUCUGCUGCAGCUGAAAGGUCUAGAGGAUGGGUACAAUGGUCAGAUUGCCUUCCCAACUGGCAGAUUCUCUGUUGCUCCCUUUGGCUUUCUCUUGUUCCAACUAGGGGGUGAUCUGGAAGACCUGGAAUCAGCCUUCAAUAAAUCUGAAACUGAGGAUACCCUUGGUUCUGGUUCAUGCUCAGCUUUGAUCAAACUCUUGCCUAACAACCAAGAUAUCUUUGUCUCGCAUGACACAUGGAGUAACUAUCAGUCCAUGUUGCGCAUCCUCAAAAAGUAUACUCUGCCAUUCCGGACUUCAGCUCACAGUGAUACCACAAUCUCUGGUCACACCCAGGCUUUCUCCUCAUAUCCAGGCACUAUCCUUUCCGGAGAUGACUUCUAUAUCUUGAGUAGUGGAUUGGUGAGUCUGGAAACUACCAUCGGAAACAGCAACAAUAGCCUUUGGAAAUACAUACAGGCCAACGACAGUGUGUUGGAAUGGAUGCGCAACAUUGUGGCUAAUCGACUUGCAAGGACUGGGGCAGAAUGGGCGGCCAUCUUUGAGAAGUUCAACAGUGGCACGUACAAUAACCAAUGGAUGAUUGUGGAUUAUAAAUUGUUCGUCCCAGGCGCAGCUAGUCCCCGAGAUGGCCUACUGACCGUGCUGGAACAGAUUCCGGGAACGGUGGUUACUGCUGACCAGACCAAGCUGUUGUACCAAGAAGGCUACUGGGCAAGCUACAAUGUGCCGUAUUUCCAAGAAAUCUUCAAUGCCAGUGGCAUUCCAGCACUGGUACAGAAAUAUGGGGACUGGUUCACCUAUGAGAAGGCCCCCCGAGCACAGAUUUUCCGGCGCAACCAGACAUUCGUCCAGGAUAUGGAUUCGAUGAUCCGACUGAUGAGGUUCAACAACUUCCCCCAAGAUCCUCUGUCUUGCUGCCAAGGCUGCAACCCACCACAGAAUGGGGAAAACGCUAUAUCUGCCCGCUCCGAUCUCAAUCCUGCGAAUGGCACAUACCCCUUUGGGGCUCUGUACCAGCGGCCACAUGGGGGUACCGAUAUGAAGGUUACGUCUUUCGAGAUGGUGAAGAAUUAUAGCUUCGUGGCCACCAGCGGUCCUACUUGGGAUGAUCUCCCUCCUUUCCAAUGGAGCUCUUCUCCGUAUUGCAACCUGUUUCACAUGGGACACCCUGAUCUUUGGAAAUUCUUGCCUAUCCAGGUCCACUGGGGCUGAAGUCCCCUAAGGCUGGUCUCCCUUGCAGGCUUGGACUGUGAGCCUAAUUCUAGCUAUCUCUGUUGAGCUCUUGGCAUGCAAAUUCCAGCCAGAGGUUGGCUUUCUUGAAAGAAACGUGAAGGCGUUCUUUCUUUCACUCUCAGCAGCGCAAGCAGUUCUUAACGAAGGAAUAUAACUGUGGAUGUUUGAAUGCUGCAAUUCUGUGCAGCAUUUGGCUAUCAGUGGAAAUCCGCUUCCUGGGGGAAAUGCAUAUUGCUUGCAUUUUAAAAAAAUAUGUAUUUUAAGUUUCUAACCCCCUCUGGCUGCAAAAAGGAAGGAAGGAAGGAAGGAAGGAAGGAAGGAAGGAAGGAAGGAAGGAAGGAAGGA